CUACGGACUUUCUCCUCUAGCUGGAGGGGAUGCUCCCCCACUCCGAACGUCGCCGGCAGCUCGCGACAACAGUCACUCCAAGACAGUGAGAUGGGAAAGACACCAGCUAUCGGCAUCGACUUGGGCACGACGUACUCCUGCGUCGGAGUAUGGCAGCACGGGAAGGUGGAGAUCAUAGCCAACGACCAAGGGAACCGCACCACCCCGAGCUAUGUCGCCUUCACCGACACGGAGAGGCUCAUUGGCGACCCUGCCAAGAACCAGGUCGCCAUGAACCCGAAGAACACGGUGUUUGACGCCAAACGAUUGAUUGGAAGGAAAUAUGACGACCCAAAGAUUCAAGGCGACAUCAAACACUGGCCAUUCACCGUUGUCUCUGACGGUGGAAAACCUAAAAUUCAAGUGGAAUAUAAGGGUGAAGUUAAGAAAUUCGCGCCAGAAGAAGUAAGCUCCAUGGUGCUGACCAAAAUGAGGGAGAUAGCAGAGACCUACCUGGGCGGCAAGGUGACCGACGCGGUUGUCACCGUGCCAGCCUACUUCAACGACUCCCAGCGGCAGGCCACCAAGGACGCGGGGGCCAUCGCGGGCCUCAACAUCCUCAGGAUCAUCAACGAACCCACGGCGGCGGCACUCGCCUACGGGCUCGACAAGAACCUCAAGGGCGAGAAGAAUGUCCUCAUCUUCGAUCUUGGCGGAGGAACCUUCGAUGUGUCCAUUCUCUCCAUCGAUGAAGGGUCUCUUUUCCAGGUAAAAUCAACUGCUGGAGAUACUCACUUGGGUGGUGAAGAUUUCGACAACAGGCUGGUGAAUCACUUUUGCGAGGAAUUCCAAAGGAAAUUCAAAAAAGACAUGAGGGGAAAUACCAGGGCUGUCAGGCGACUCCGCACAGCAUGUGAAAGGGCAAAGAGGACCCUAUCCUCCUCGACUGAAGCAAGCAUAGAGAUCGAUGCCUUGCAUGAAGGAGUUGAUUUCUAUUCAAAGAUAACGAGAGCGAGGUUUGAAGAGCUCUGCAUGGACUUGUUCAGAUCAACAUUGUCACCCGUGGAAAGGGCUUUGAAUGAUGCAAAGAUGGACAAAGGUACUAUCCAUGAUGUUGUUUUGGUUGGAGGAUCCAUAAGAAUUCCUAAAAUCCAGAAGAUGUUACAAGAUUUUUUCAAUGGCAAAGCCUUGAAUCUCUCUAUCAACCCAGAUGAAGCAGUUGCUUAUGGCGCUGCAGUUCAAGCAGCUAUUCUCAGUGGUGAUACCAGCACUGCUAUACAGGAUGUACUUCUUGUAGAUGUAGCACCUUUGUCAUUGGGUAUAGAAACAGCCGGAGGAGUCAUGACAAAGUUGGUCGAACGUAACUCGAGGAUUCCAUGCAAGCAACAACAGACAUUUACUACAUAUGCUGAUAACCAACCAGCUGUAUCCAUUCAGGUAUUUGAAGGAGAAAGAGCAAUGACAAAGGACAACAAUUUGCUUGGCACUUUCAACCUUAAUGGUAUACCACCAGCUCCUCGAGGAGUUCCAAAAAUUGAGGUGACUUUUGAUCUUGAUGCUAAUGGUAUCCUAAAUGUGUCAGCAAAAGAUAUCAGUACUGGAAAGUCAGAAAAGAUAACAAUUUCAAAUGACAAAGGAAGAUUAUCUAAAUCUGAAAUUGAUAAAAUGUUAUCAGAUGCCGAAAAAUACAAGGCAGAAGAUGACAGACAGCGUGAACGUGUUAGUGCCAGAAACCAACUUGAGAGCUACUGUUUUUCGGCUAAACAAGCGGCUGAAGAUGCAGGUGCCAAACUUUCAGAUGAAGAUAAGAAAACAAUAACGGAUCAAUGUUCUUCAGCACUUUCUUGGCUUGAUUCGAACUCUUUGGCAGAAAAAGAGGAAUUCGAAGACAAGCUUAAAGAACUGCAGAAGAUUUGCUCUCCGAUUAUGACCAAGCUCCAUCAGGGAGGAGCCAAAGGCCCAACUGUAGAAGAAGUUGAUUAAAAAUAGACUCAAUGAACUAUCAUUAAGAACAGUCAUUAAUUGCAUAGCAAUUUUUUUUCUAGAAAAGCAUGUCUUGUUGAAUAAAAAACAAAUUCAACACUGCUCAUUUUCUAUCAAGGUUUGAUUUAUCAAUCAAUGUAUCGUCCUUCUCAGAUGAAUAUGCUCAAAAGAAAAAAAAAAUUCCAACAAUGUAUUAUUCUAACCAUUGGAUUAACCAUUGCAUUAUAUGUCAUUAUUUAUUGCUUGAAAGAGCUUAAUUUAUUAUCCUAAUUAAUUCAUUAUCCAUUAACUUAUUUCAACUAACAGUUGCUAUUCUGUAAUAUUAAAAUACUUAUAUAUAUAAUGAAAAUAAAAAUGAGUUAUAUACAAUUGUACAACAA